AUGGCAACAGUUUGCUCAGCUGCUCCAAAAUCAGUCCCUCCCUCCCACCGCCAACUACCUGAUGACAAUUCCCGCUUUCCCAUUCUCAACUCUAUCCUUCCUAUUUGUAAACAGAAACUCGCAAAUCGCCGACCACUGUGCCCUCAAGGACGACUUGACGAGGCUCCAAAGCUAUUACAGGGACCAGGUAACAACGGAGGCUCUAGGUUUUCCCUCGACAAUUUCACCUGUAACAAUGACAUCGUUGGUUACUUCGGUAAACACGAUAGAUUAGACGAGGCACAAAGAGUCUUUGAUGAAAUGCCCCAUCUAAAUGAGGUGUCUUGGUCGACUAUUAUUGCCUCAUAUGCUUACUCUGGAAAUUUAUUAAGAGGGUUGCUUUUGUUUGUGGAGAUGGCCGAGGAAGGAAUUAGGCCCAACAGUUACGCACUGCGAAGUCUCCUGAAGGCAACCUCUAGUCCGGCGGAGAUUGGUAUUGGUAGGCAACUUCAUGGGUGGUUGAUACGGGCCGGUUUUUUGUUAGACGGCAUCAUCCGAGCUUCCCUCAUAACCAUGUAUUCAAAUUGUGGUUUCCUAAAUGAGGCUCAACGGGCUUUCAACGAGGUCAAUGACUCCUCUCUAGAUGAUGUCUUGGUUUUGAAUUCAAUUCUGAGUGCAUAUAUCUUACAUGAACAUUGGGUUGAAGCGUUUCACUUGUUCGUCCAUGUGCUCUCGGCUGGACUGGUUGCCCCUACAGAGCACACCUACGCUAUUUUGCUAAAUGCUUGUGGUUUGGUGGGAGCAGUUAAUUAUGGGAAGACUUUGCAUGGAAGGAUCGUCAAGGGUGGAUUGAUUGAUGCGACUAUAAUGGGAAAUUCUCUAGUCACUUUCUAUGCGAAAACAGAGAAUUUGGCAUGUGCAAACAGGUUGUUUGAGAAGAUAACUAGGAAGGAUGUCGUUUCAUGGAAUGCAAUUAUUGCAGGGAAUGAACAGAACAGUGAAAACGAGACUGCUAUAGAUUUAUUUCAUAGGAUGCUCAUGUUUGGACCAAAGGCGAAACCAAAUCGGGUAACCUUUCUUAGUGUUCUUAGUGCAAUUUCUGGGGUUUCAGCUUUAAAUUACGGAAGACAGAUCCAUGGUCAUAUUUUCAGGUCGGGGCUGGAGCAGGAAACAAGCAUAGCAAAUUCCCUUAUCACCAUGUACUCGAAGUGUGGAGAAGUAUGCAAAGCAAGGGUUGUUUUUGAGAGAUUACCUUUCAAGGACGUGAUCACAUGGAAUUCUUUGCUUGCAGGAUAUGAACAAAAUGAAGAAUGGGAAAGCUGCUUUGAACUCUUUAAUAGGAUGCUGUCUUCAGGAAUAGAGCCAGAUGAUUACAGUUUCACUGUUAUUCUUGAUGCAGCUUCAUCAGACUCAUCGAAUUCAAAGUAUUUGAGACAGGGCAGGGGAAUUCAUGGGUAUCUAUUGAAGAAGACUUCACCGUUAGGAAGCAGUGUCUCAACUUGUAAUGCCCUCCUCAAAUUGUAUGCCAACUGCAGCGGGGUGGAAGAUGCAGAGAAGAUUUUCAACAGGAUGAGCGCAAAAGAUGCUUACUCUUGGAAUGCAAUGAUGGAUGGUUAUUCUAUCAAUGGUCGAUGCAAUGAUGCUAUCAUGGUCUUUCUCAAUAUGCAUGACCAAGGCUUGCCUGCAGAUCAUUUGGCCUUUUCAAUUCUUCUUACAGUCUGUGGCAGAUUGGUUUCCCUCGAAAUGGGAAAACAGUUUCAUGCUUUCAUCAUAAAAUACUACCACCACCAUCAUUAUACUUACCAAACUUCUCUGUUAUCAAUCAAUAAUGCCUUGAUUUCCAUGUAUUCAAAAUGUGGAAGCAUCACUGAUGCAGCCCAGGUAUUUUCAAGGAUGACAAAGAGAGAUAUCUUCUCCUGGACAGCCAUUAUCUCAGGAUAUGCAUACCAUGGCAUGGCUUAUGAAUCUCUCCAGCACUAUGACAAGAUGAAACAAGAUGGUUUCAAGCCCAACCCUGUAACUUUCCUUGGACUGCUAACUGCUUGUGCUCAUGCAGGUCUAAUAGAAGAAGGAACAUACUAUUUCAGGUCCAUGAGAGAGGAGCAUGAUCUAAACCCAACUCUUGAGCAUUAUGCUUGCAUGAUUGACCUAUUUUCACGUUCAGGACAGUUUGAAAGUGCUGCGAAGUUCGUAGAGGCUGCUAAUUUUUUGAAUCCCGACUGUGCUGAUACAUUGAGCCUGUGGAAAGUAUUACUUGGGUCUUGUCAUGCACAGAAGCAACUCAAACUUGGUAUACAUAUUGCAAGAAGAAUCCUUGAGUUAGAACCUGAAAAUGAGACAAUCCAUAUUCUUCUUUCGAAUCUUUAUGCCAGCUCAGGCAUGUGGGAAGAUGUAGCAAUUGUGAGAAAGUGGAUGAAAGAGAAAGGAUUGACGAAAGAAGUUGGGUGUAGCUGGAUAGAUGCUGGGAACAGGAGACAUCUCUUUGCUGCUGGAGAUGUAUCUCACCCAUGGAGGAAAGAAAUUUAUGAGAAGCUGGAGGAAUUGGACAAAAGGUGUAGAGCAACAGGCUAUGUCCCAAUGACAGAGUAUGUGCUUCAUGACGUGGAGGAGACACAGAAGGAGGCAAUCAUCAGUUAUCACAGCGAAAAGCUGGCUGUGUCAUUUGGUCUGUUGCAGAGUGGGCCGAGAAGCAAGCGUGUGAUCAGGGUUAUCAAGAACAUACGAAUAUGUGGAGAUUGUCAUAAUUGGAUGAAAUAUGUUUCUCAGGUGGAGGGAAGAGAGAUUCUACUUAGAGAUUCACGUCGGUUCCAUUUCUUCAAGGAGGGAAGAUGUUCAUGCAGAGAUUAUUGGUAG